AUGGCUGACACCCACAAAAAAAAUUCUGCCACUGAUUCACCAACACUCGGUGAGGCGGCACCAUCUCCACUGAUUGUUGAGAAACCAGCUGUUGGUUCAAUCGAUCAUUUAGCCAUCAGCAAGUCGUUAGGCUACCAAAUUUUUCGAAAAAACAGAAGAAAUGCCUGGAGUGCAGAGGAGGAUGAGUGUUUAAAAAGUUUAAUUAUAAAACAAUAUAUCAAAACCAGUAAGUUAGAAAAAUACAACAAUGAGCCUAUUGACAUCAAAAGUAUAGAUUGGGUUGAUAUUUCUAACAAUAUGAUCACGAAAAGAAGAGGUAAGGAGUGCAAGAAACGUUGGGUAAGCUCCCUAGAUCCAUUUUUAAGAAAAGGAAAAUGGACAGCAGAAGAAGAUCAAGCCCUUAUUAAGGCCUUCAAAAUCCAUGGUCCCGCCUGGCAGAAAGUUGCUAACGACAUUGAGGGCAGAAACGAAGAUCAAUGUUCCAAGAGAUAUACAGAAGUUUUAAACAGUGAUACUAGAGAACGACUUAAACCAUGGACGCUAGAAGAAGAUUUGAUUCUGAUAAAACAAGUCAAAGAGUAUGGAACGAAAUGGAGGCAGAUAUCGCAAGCUUUACCUACCAGACCAAGCUUAACAUGCCGUAAUAGAUGGAGAAAAAUCAUGACUGAUAUAGCCAAGGAUAGUGCAUCGGACACCAUCAAGAAGGCCGUAGGAGUUCUCGAUGAAAACGGCAAACCUAUUGUUCAGUUCAAAGAGAGUGAAUUAGCCAAAGUUUCUAAGAAAGAUAAAAAAGAUACUAAAGCUGGUAAAGAAAAGAAAAGGUCCAUAUCAGACAAAGAUCUGAGCCCCGCCGAAUCAAUGGCUAGCGAUAACACUGACCUUUCUGAUAAACCAGCAAACAAGAGACAAAAGGCCGGUGGCAUUGACAACACUCCCACCCCUCCAAGUAUCACUCCAACUUUCACUAAAACUACUACGAUGUACCCUCGUGUGGCGACUCCUUCAAGGACCCAGACCGAUUGGUCAUUUUCUCUCCUUGAUCCACGAACGAAAGAGGAAAUGAAAUCAUAUUCGGGUAACAUAAAAACCCAAGAAUUAGCGCAUUAUCUUAUUGAUUUGGCAAGGUUCAAUGGCGUUACGUUGACUGUUCAUCAGCAUAUUCAUCACCAUUACUCCUCUACUCCAGCUGGCGUCAAUACUGACCCGCAAGCUAAUUUAUCUCGAUAUGGACAUUUCAACUAUCUCCCUCCUUUAACAGAGGUGCCCAAAUUGACAUCUUCAUCUUCUCCCGACAACACUGUUGAUUCAAACAAUUCAAAUAAAAACUACAAUGAGAACUCUUUGUUUCGCCUGUUGAAUAGCGAGGAACGAGCCAAGGCCAACAAUAACAGCAGUGUCCAUGAAAAGCCGCCAACUUUUAACGGUGAAAGUCGAAGUAAUUCCCAAAACAUGUCAGAGGAGAAUUCAAAGCCUCAUAGACAACAGUUUUAUCCUUCAAAUGUUACAUUAGCGGGAGCAAAUUUAAACACCAAUCAAGUAAACAGCAAUUUCCCACACUCAGCACAUCAGAUUAAUCCCUCAACAAGCAACAAUGAUAGCAAUAACAACAGCGGUUCAAGUCGAAAUAACAAUAAAAAUAACGACUCUCGAUCUAAUUCAGGGAAGAAAACGUAUGUGACAGAGGACAUAGAUGAAGAGUUGGAUUUUUGGGAGACUAUGAGGUCCAUGAAUAAUCCUAGAAACACGAAACCGGUAUCACAACAUCAUCCAUUGCAUUAUUAUCAGCCUUCCAACUACAAAGAACAGUCACCCUAUCAACCCUCAGACUCAUUUGGAAUUCAACGGUUUCCCAAUAUGGCCACCCCAUUUACUACAAACGCAAAUGAGAACCAAAAACAGACCACUUCGGUUGCACCUAGUAAUCAGAACUUUGGAUUGUAUGUGGGAGCUGAAGAGGAUGAGGAGGAAGAUGAAGACGAAGAGGGUGAGCAGUACGGUAUGUACUAUAGUGUUUUUGCCAAUAGAACUCAUGUAAAUGAAGGUGAGUAUAGUAGGCAUGGGGAAGUCAACUCUUCCAAUGGAGGUGCAACUGGAUUAGUGAAUAGUGGAUAUUUGAUGCCUUUCAAUCCUUCAUAA